UGCCCGACACGUACCGCUCGCGACAACAUGGUGGCGUACUGGCGGCAGGCUGGACUCAGCUACAUCGGCUUCUCCCAGAUCUGUGCGAAAGCAGUGAGGGAUGCCCUGAAGACCGAGUUCAAAGCUAAUGCCGAGAAGACGUCCGGCAGCAGCAUAAAGACAGUGAAGGUGAAGAAGGAGUAGCCGGCACUGGCUGAAGCGGGAACUUCACUGUCGUCAAGGUGAAGACAUGGGUACCUGCUAUGGCAGAUUGAAAUCACCCUCACCUCCUGGGGACAAAACUGCCCUUGUUGAUAAAUUGACUAUGCCAAUAAAAUGACAUGGUUCAUGU